AUGCCGAUUACGGAUCUGCUGGCCUCCAUCAGCGGGGACCGGCCGGUCAUCAAUACUGGCACCGCUUCCUCGAUCAAGCGCAAAGCUGACGACCUUCAAACGCCUGCCCCAAAAAUCGCACGCAAGAUCCCCUCCAACAGUCAGCCCUCACGACCGCUCGAUCGCCCCAACGGAAAUGCAGCUGCUGCCCGGCAGAACGGGAAUGCCUCAGGUGCAUCUAGACCUUUGAACGGCACCUCGAACGGAAACGGGAAUAGCAACGUGAACAAGCCUGCUGUGCUGAAACCCGUACAGGGAGCGCACAAGGUCACAAAGCCAGCUGCGCCACCCCGCCCUACGGCAGCAUCAUCGCAAGCUGCUAAAGCUCCAAAGAAGGGAUCCUACGCGGAGAUUAUGGCGAGAGCACAGAUGGCCCAAUCGUCGAUGGGCAAGGUGGGGUUGAUUCAGCACAAGAAAGCGGAGAAGAAGCCCAACACUGCGGCCAAAUCGGCGGAGCCUGAAGCGCGCAGCGUCGGGAAAAAGCCGGUCAUGGGCGCAAGACCUUCAGGAUAUCAGGGUACCUCGAAGCCAGGGCAACGACCUCCCGUGAGCAGGGGGCUCCAAGCCCGUGGAAAGCCCGUCGUUGGGAAGUCGGGUCCUGGACAACGCAACGAAGAACCAGAAAAGAAGGUCAAGAAAGCAGCACAAGCGACUACUGGCUAUACCGGCACGGCUCGCCCCAAAACAGCUGCUACGCCGUCUGGUUCCGGCAAAAAGGCCAAGCCUGUACCGAGAGGUGGCGCACUUCUCAACCGUCCUCCGUCUCGCCCCGGUGGUUACAAGACAUCGCGGUUUGAAGAAGACUACGACGAGGACUUGGAUGACUUCAUUGACUAUGAUGAUGAAGAAGAAGAGGAAGUUGGUGGGCCACGGUACCACUACGACUCGGAUGGAUCGUCUGAUAUGGAGGCUGGCCUGGAUGAAUUGGACAGUGAAGAGCGACGAGCCGAGCGGAUGGCCAGGGAAGACGAUGCACGUGAGCAGGCUCUGCUUGAGAAGCUCGCAAGAGAGAAGGAAGAAAGAAAGAAGAUGUUGGGCGGACGACGGUAG